UCAAGAUGGUUGACCUUAAUCUGUGUUAAUUAGUUUGUGAGCGAAGACGAUAAAAUAAAACAUACACAACAACCAACUUCAGACUCAUAUUUCUGAUCUUCGAAUUCACUGAAAAACUCGUCACCGUCACCAUGGAACACAGAACGCUGGAACUCAACCUCGGAUCGGCGAAGGAUAUCAAAGACGUGAAUCUCUUUUCCAAGAUGGACGUGUACGCCGUCGUUUCGCUCUCAGGCGUCAAAAAGAUCAAGACUCCCGUCGACAGAAACGGCGGCACCAACCCCACGUGGAAAGUUACCGAGAAGUUCACCAUCGACGAAUCGCUCGCGCGUCAGAACGGCUUGACCCUCGAAAUCAAGCUCCGCUGCGAGCGCAGCCUCUCCGCCGACAAAGAAAUCGGCCAGGUCGUCGUCCCCAUAAGGGAGCUCCUCGACCAACCCGGCGACGGAAAAUCCUUCCAGCAUGUCAGUUACCAGGUCAGAAAACCCUCCGGCAAACCCAAAGGAGCGUUUAGUUUUUCUUACAGAUUUAGCGAAAAAUUCACAGCGCCCGGGAUAGCGCCAGCGCCGUCCGCGCCUGUUGCUCCCAAGACGGAGCCGGUGACGGCUUAUCCUGCUCCCGCGGUGGGGUCCACUUCUGCCUCGUAUCCCGGCGUGUAUCCUCCUCCACCGCAGCCACAAUAUGCGGGCGGAUACGGGUACCCUCCGCCGCCGCAAGCGGCGUACGGGUACGCUCCACAAGCGGCUUACGGGUACGCGGCACAACCCGGGUACGGUUACCCUCCUGCUCCUGCUCCUGCUCAGAGACCCGGGAAGAACAAAUUUGGGAUGGGAUUGGGAGCGGGUUUGCUUGGUGGAGCAUUGGGUGGGCUUCUGAUCGGAGACAUGAUAUCUGAUGUAGGUUCUUACGAUGCUGGCUAUGACGCUGGUUUUGGAGAUGCUGGUGGAUUUGAUUUUUAAGUUUUAAUAUUUUUCUUACUUGUUUUGUUUCUUUGGAGUACAUAGUUUUUCUUAGUAUCUGAACCUUGAAUAUGGUUUUGCGACAGUAUACACUGUUUUGUUACUUCUAUUUACUUGUACAGGUGGUGUGUUCUGUUUGUAAUCGCUCAAGUAAUGUUAUGUUUCACGACUAUCUCUGUUUUUUUUUCGAAUAUUAAUUCUCGUAUUAUUUUUGGAA